AUGGCUAACCAGCAGAACACCACCACCAACAACACCAACCGCCUAGCCUCCUCCGCUGAGGGACAGCAGCAACCCGGUAACGACAACGUUAAUGUUAACGUUACGGGUGUUGCUGCUACUGGUACUCCAUCAUUUCCAAACCCUCCCCCUCCGAGCACUGUUCAACUCAAUGUUGCUAGAGGGUCAUCUGUGAGUCCUCCUGGUCUCAAUAGAGGACCAUCUGGCAGAGGGUCAUCCAACCCUAGGAGGGUUUCGCCCUCUGGCAGAAAGUCUCCUCCUGGUGGCAGAGGAUCACCCUCUUCUGGGAGAGGGUCAUCGUCCUUUGCCUCUUCCCCUGGAGCGGGACAAAUCACUCAGAUUGGUGGAAGAAAUUUCACUCCUCUCAGUGUGGAAAUCACUAUAGGAGGAGGGUCAGGGACCGCAGGAGGGAGCAUGAUUCCUGGCAGCAGCAGCGGCUCGCCACCACGGGCCAAGCGCAAAGCGGAGAUAACUGCCCCAGAAGGAGUGAGCCCGGUUUGCAGCGUAUGCAAACGCUCAAACUUUUCCUCGUGGAAAGCAUUGUUUGGGCACAUGCGUUGCCACCCAGAGCGUCAAUGGAGGGGCUGCUUCCCACCCCCAGGAUUCGAAGAAGCACAGCGAGCCCUGCAACAAGGGGAAAGGCUCGGUGCGCUGCGUGGGUUUGAUCUGAAUGAGGCAAGUGAUCCAGAAGAAGAAAAUGAAGGUGGUGGCGGCGGCGGCUUCGACCUCAACAUGCUUCCCCCAGACGAGGAUAAGGAUGGUGGCGGAAGUAGUGGUGGCGCUGCCAAGACUGGUUAA